CUACAGGUGGUACUCCCUACCUUUAUCCUGGAGAAGCGUUCCCUCCUAGAGAUGUACGCUAACUUCAUGGCUCACCCAGACAUGUUCCUGAACAUCACCACGGGAACCACCCCAGAGGAGCGCAUCGUCCGAUUCGUGGAAUACUACCUGACCGCCUUUCACGAGGGGCGCAAGGGUGCCGUGGCCAAGAAACCCUACAACCCCAUCCUGGGAGAGAGUUUCAGGUGUUCCUGGGACGUCCCCCGAGAGAGAGUCCACCCACUGAGGACCAUGAGCUCUGCCCCUAACACUAACACGACACCCACUUCAAACCCCGCCCCUAACCCCGCCUCUUCCUCUAGAGGCUCUUCCCCUAACCCCGCCUCCUCCUCUAACCCCGCCUCUUCCUCUAGAGGCUCUUCCCCUAACCCUGCCUCUUCCCCUAAACCCGACGGUUCCUCUAGAGGCUCUUCCCCUAACCCCGCCUCUUCCUCUAGAGGCUCUUCCCUAACCCCGCCUCUUCCUCUAGAGCCUCCCUGCCGGACAGGAACGGAGGGCGGGGGUGCUCAGACAGAGGACUGUUACCGGGUAAGGUUCGUGGCGGAGCAGGUGUCACACCACCCACCCGUCACUGGGUUCUACUGCGAGUGUAAAGAGAGGAACAUGUGCGUCAAUACCCACGUCUGGACCCGAAGCAAGUUCAUGGGCAUGUCCAUCGGAGUGUCUAUGGUCGGGGAAGGUGUUCUACGUCUGUUGGAGCAUGAUGAGGAGUAUGUUUUCACUCUGCCCUGUGCCUACGCCCGCUCCAUUCUUACCGUACCCUGGGUGGAGCUGGGAGGGAAAGUCACCAUCAGUUGUGCCAAGAGUGGAUACUCUGCCACCGUUACCUUCCAUACUAAACCCUUCUAUGGAGGAAAGAUACACAGAGUGACAGCGGAGGUGAAGCACAACCCGACGGGGACCAUAGUGUGUAAGGCCCAAGGUGAAUGGAACGGUACCCUAGAGUUCACCUACAGCAGUGGAGAGACCAAGGUCAUCAACACCUCCAAGCUGCCUGUCAUCAGGAAGAAGAUACGCCCCAUGGAGAAACAGGGACACUACGAAUCACGGCGUCUGUGGCAGCAUGUCACCUCAGCUCUGAGAUCAGGAAACAUUGACUCUGCUACAGAGCACAAACACUGUCUGGAGGAGAGGCAGAGAGCAGAGGGCCGACAGAGAGCUGCCUCCAACACACCCUGGACACCCAAGUACUUCAUCAAGGAGGGCGAGGGCUGGGUGUAUCACAACCCCUUGUGGAAGACCCACUGACGAGGGGG